AGAGAGAAUGAAAGAAAGAGAGAUAGAGCAGGUUUGAAGGGGUACUGAUUGUCACAAAACUGAUAAGCAGAGCAAUCGCAAACCAUAAACUGUGUUACAGUUUAGCAGACAAUGUUUCUUCGAUUUUGUACCAUGAUAUCAUUGGUCCUCCUAGGAUUUGGCGUUGCCUUUUCGCUGGGACAGAAUUACACAGAACCUCUUGUUUUGGAGGGAAAGUGUCUGGUGGUUUGUGAUGCGAACCCGUCUGCAGAGGGAGCGUUGACCUCUUCCUUCGGGAUAUCUGUCCGGGCAAGCGGUGCUAAAGUGGCUUUCUCUGCACUCAGGGGAACGAACCACGAACCUUCUGAUAUGAGCAAUACGUCUCCAACCAUCUACUUUGACCAGGUAUUAGUGAACAUUGGCAACCAUUUCAAGCUGCAAGCGAGUGUAUUUCAAGCACCAAGAAGAGGCAUUUACAGUUUUAGCUUCCAUGUGGUGAAGGUUUACAACCGACAGACUAUACAGGUAAACUUGAUGCACAACGAAUAUCCUAUAAUAUCAGCUUUCGCCGGGGACCAUGAUGUCACUCGAGAGGCUGCGAGCAAUUCAGUCCUUCUGCACCUGGAACGGGAGGACAAACUCUACUUGAAGCUUGAGAGGGGGGAUCUAAUGGGUGGAUGGAGGUACUCAACGUUUUCUGGAUUCUUGGUGUUUCCACUCUAAUCACAACUCUCAAAUCAAGUGACUCAUUUUUAUUUUCUUCAAGGACGUUGGCCACCCAUCUCUGGACUUAAAUUAUGAAGAAAUGUAUAACUGACUGUGAGAUAAAGUAGGCUAUUUUGGCAAUUUAUGACUAAAUUAUUCCGUGCUAUGAGGUUGGGAUUUGUAUUGCUGAAUGUGACUGAUUGUUGGUAUGAUAUUAUAUAAACUGCGAAGAGUAGCCUAUUCAAGCGUUUGUCAGUUGCGCCCAUUCAGUGGCUAUCCAUGGUCCUGAAACCGUAGACACACCGUAGCUGUCCGUUGAAACCACAAAACGCAUCUCAAGCGUACAGAGCAAAUAGGUGGCAAUUGAGUGUUGGCUCUAGUGUCAACGUUGUUGCAGUAGUGCCAUUGAAAUAUUGUAAUCAAAUAACAUUUUCCAAAGGUGUGCAAAUGUAGGCUAGCUGGCAUUUGGACGUAUAUUGCACAUUGAUACAGUGUUAAUUUGGGCACUUUUUGAAAGGUUUAGUCUAGUCUUACUCACUUUGUAAUAACAUCCAAAUCAAAUCAAAUGUUAUUGGUCACAUACACGUGUGUAGCAGUUGUUAUCGUAGGUGUAGCGAAAUGCUUGUGCUAGUUCCGACAGUGCAACAUUAAGUCACAUUUGUGUCAUUUGAAUAAUGAUUAAGUCUGGUCAUUGUCAAACAGUGCGCCAUUUUAGUAAACUAAAUUCCCUUUAAUUUCAGUCACAUUUUAGUCACAUCACAUUUGUAUUGUCUCAUUAACCUAUAGUAAACAUAAACCACUGACUCCCAUGUGCACAAAUAUACAUAGCCUUGUCCUACCAACAUAUUUUUCUGCAUAACAUAACAUCAAAUUCCCCUUCCCAACAGCAGAAAAAUGACAAACACAUAUAAGAAUAUAUAAGGAUUAUCUGGCCAUGUAAAUCAUCUGGCCAUUCCUAAUUCAGCCUACAUAUAGGCAAAGUAGUAUGGGUUGAACCUCCGUCACUGGGCCGCGUCAGUGACAUUGUAAUCAACGUUCCACAGACGUCGCAGCCACAUUGGUGUCCAAAAGUAGAACGUGGGCUAAUGACUUUCAACGGGAGCUAAUUAAUGUUUUGCCCAGUGAUGCAGUCGAGUCACUAAAACUCAAGUCCGAAUUGAGUCCCAAGUCCCCUGUGCUCGAGUCCAAGUUUGAGUCACCAAUGUUGGUCGAGUAACGAAUGGAGUCACCAGUCCCCAUGACUGAUGUCUGAGUCCCAGUGCUCGAGUCCUGGUCCAAGUGGUCAAGUCUGAGACAGUGGGUCCACAUUAACUCCAAAUAAAGUUAUUUACCCAGUCAGAUAUAGUGUAGUGGCAAAUAAAAAUGUAGUCAAUAAAUUGCUUGCUAUCCAUUUAAAAAAAAUUCUGUGCCACCAAAUGUGUGCAUAUAUGCUACUGGUAACGUUAAUGUUACCAGGGCCACGUUCAGUUGCAAAACUUUCUCGAACAUUGCAGACAGUCCCAGUCGGUAUUCACGUAGUAAUAAUAAAGAAUUCCCUUGACCCACGACAACAAAUUGGGUAAAACCAACAUUCUUUCCUAUUGACGCUUUGUAUACAGAAAUAACAAAACAUGCCGAAAAGCUGCUGUGUUGUUUUAUGUAGCCAGGUCAAAAGUCCUGACCUACGUUUCGUAAUGCUCCCAAGUAGGGAAAUAGAGCCUGUGAGAAGAUUAAUCUUUAGACAUGUUGUACUUUUAUUAAAUGUCGUUUUGUAAUUGACUAAAACAAGCAAACAAUAAAAUUG